UUCCCACAUGAACCUACGUGGAGUUCCACAAAAUAAUUCUUUUUCUUAUUUUCUCACAUUCCCCGUCUUCUUUGGGCCAUGUCCUGAAACCCAGCAAGGCUCAACCGGCGGAAAUUAUUAAAUCUUCAACAGCCAGCAACCCCCUCGUUUCCCUCCCUUUUUCUCGCUCUUUAUAUCUACCCACAUACUUUUGCUACGUGUAAUGCUCGAGUCCUCUCAAAAUCUACAGUAUAAGUAUUGGUUUCCACCUGGGUUUUCUUUUACGGUGGAAGAAGAGCUACCAUGGACAAAGAGAACUUAUGCAACGCUGAUUUCAAUUCCAAUUUCUGCUUCCCUGAUGAGUUUCCUUACGGGUUUGAUUCCUUUGGUUCCUCUUCUGCUCUAAGCUCCCCGGUUGAAUCGGUUGUGGGUUCCACCGAGACACAGAGUAGUGAAGAUGAUGAUUUCCUAGCUGGUUUGACUCGUCGCCUGACUGGGAAACUCGUCGUUGAGCCUAAUAAGAAAAAGUGGGUCAUGGCCGGGUCACCCAAAUCGAUACUUAGUGGAAUCGGAAGUUGGUCGCUGUCAAGCAACGGCAGCUCGAAUAGUGAAACUUCGCCUCCAACGACGCCCUUUGGGGCCAAAAGUGAACCGUGUGACUUGAUUUUGCCAGCCGGUGGUCCUGUUUUGAGGUUAGAGAUGAAUAAUGAAGAAAACAGGAGCUGUAACUAUCAAGAGAGGGGAUUGCUGGGUCCUGCGUGGAACCAGAAUCCAGAUACUGCCGGAAAAAAUCAGAAUAAUGGGUUUUCUUCAAGCAAAAGUUUUGGUCAAGAUGUUUCUCAGUUGAAUCAGGGAGGCUGGCAACACCACCAGCAUCUGCAGCAACACCAAAUUCAGAACAGAGGGAGAAAUGUGCAGCCUCUGGGUCUGCCUCAGUCUGCUUGGCCUCCUCUUCGAGUUCAGCCAAAUCAGCACAUGCACCAACACCAUCAACAAUCACACGUUAGUUCAGGCAAGAGAGCUGCUGGAACUGGCGUUUUCUUGCCUCGCAGAUACACCAUUCCCUCCGAUCGUAAGAAGAAAUCAGCUUGCUCCACAGUUCUGGUCCCUGCCAAGGUUGUUCAGCCUCUAGAUUUGAACCUUCAGGAUAGUGAUGCUUGGUUGGCAAGAAAUGGGAUAUUGGUGAAGCAGAAGGGAAAUUUAGGAGCAGCGAGUGUUCUGAAGAAUAAAGAAAUAUGUCUGCCUCAAGAGUGGAUCUAUUAACCCAAGAAUUCAACAUUGAAGCUUACAAGAAAUCAAGAAUCAAUUUUGUUGGACAAACAUAGAAGUAGCAGAUCCAAUUGAAGGAAUCCAAGAAUGCAAUAAGAAAUCCUGUUUUUUUUUUUUUUUAAUGGGAGAUGUUUGAAGCAGUUGUUGAGAAUAGUUGGUUAAUUAGAGGAAGAAAAUAGCAAUAGAGGAAGAAUUUGUAUUUUCAUUGCAGUAGUAAUUAAUAAGCAGAUGAUUUUUAA